AUGAGGGCAAGCUGCUACAGGGAAUGCAGGAGUUUCAGGGAAGAAUCUGCAUUUGGCAUAGCUACUGAUGAAAACUUUGUUAUCACCACAACAAACAGGAAGGAAAUUACAGAAGACAACUUCAGUGAACUUGUUCAAGAUGGAGUUACUUUAUAUCUGCUACAGUCAGUUGAUCAAAUGCUGCUUUCGGCAACCAAGGAGCGAAUUGACUUCCUGCCCCACUACGAUACGCUUGUCAAAAGUGGGAUGUACGAGUACUAUGCUAGCGAAGGGCAAAAUCCUUUGCCAUUUGCCCUUGCUGAGUUGAUUGACAAUUCUCUAUCAGCUACAGCCCAAAAUACUGGUAUUCGGAGCAUACAGAUAAAAUUGUUAUUUGAUGACUCCCAAGGAAAACCAGCUGUUGUUGUGAUUGAUAACGGAAGAGGAAUGACUUCUAAACAGCUUAACAACUGGGCUGUAUAUAGACUGUCAAAGUUUACAAGACAAGGUGACUUCGAGAGUGAUCAUUCAGGAUAUGUACGCCCUUUGCCAGUGCCUCGUAGUUUAAAUAGCGAUAUCUCAUAUUUUGGAGUUGGAGGCAAACAAGCAGUGUUCUUCGUUGGACAGUCUGCCAGAAUGAUAAGCAAACCUGCAGAUUCCCAGGAUGUUCAUGAACUUGUCCUUUCUAAAGAGGAUUUUGAAAAGAAGGAAAAAAACAAAGAAGCAAUAUAUAGUGGAUACAUUCGAAACAGGAAGCCAUCUGACUCUACUCACAUCACAAGUGAUGAUGAAAGAUUUCUUCAUAAUCUAAUAUUAGAAGAAAGGGAUAAAGAGAGUUUCACAGCAGUUGUCAUUACAGGUGUGCAACCAGAUCACAUGCAGUACUUGAAAAACUACUUUCAUCUUUGGACAAGGCAGCUGGCACAUAUCUAUCACUAUUAUAUCCAUGGACCAAAAGGAAAUGAAACUAAUGCUGUAACAAAAGACGUAAGCCCUUUCAACAACAUUGACAUUCAGAUUUCAAUGUUCGAAAAAGGAAAAGUACCAAAGAUUGUCAAUCUUAGGGAGAUCAAAGAUGACAUGCAGACGUUGUAUAUAAAUACUGCAGCAGAUAGUUUUGAGUUUAAGGCACAUGUUGAAGGAGAAGGUAUAGUGGAAGGCAUCAUCCGGUAUCAUCCCUUCCUGUAUGAUAAAGAAACAUACCCUGAUGAUCCGUGUUUUCCAUCAAAAUUAAAUGAUGAUGAUGACGAUGAUGACGACUGCUUUAUAGUGGAAAAGGGUGCCAGAGGGAAAAGGCCUAUUUUUGAGUGUUUUUGGAAUGGAAGAUUAAUACCAUACACAACUGUGGAAGAUUUUGACUGGUGCGCUCCUCCAAAGAAGAGAGGAUUGGCACCAGCUGAAUGCUACAACAGAAUUUCUGGUGCUUUAUUUACCAAUGACAAGUUUCAAGUCAGCACAAACAAACUCACUUUCAUGGAUCUGGAGCUGAAGCUAAAAGAUAAGAAUACUCUGUUCACGAGAAUCUUCAAUGGACAGGAGCAGCGAAUGAAAAUUGACAGAGAAUUUGCUUUGUGGCUCAAAGACUGUCAUGAAAAAUAUGACAAACAGAUAAAAUUCAUAGCCUUUAAAGGAGUAACUACACGUACUGAUUUACCAUCCAAAAGAAUGCAGAGCCCUUGGACAAUGUAUGCUGCAAUAGAGUGGGAUGGGAAAACAUACAAAACUGGACAGCUGGUGAAGACAGUUAAGACUCUUCCAAUAUUCUAUGGAAGUAUUGAGAAAUUUUUCUUGUAUGGAGACCAUGAUGGGGAUAUAUAUGCCACUGGAGGAGAGGUUCAAAUUGCUUUGGAACCUCAGGCAUUGUAUGCUGAAAUGAAAACUAUUCCAAUCUCAAAACUUGACAGAACAGUGUCUGAAAAAGCUGUUAAAAAAUACAUAGAUGAUGAAAUGGCAAGACUUCCUGACAAAUUAUCAGUAACAUGGCCUGAAGGAGACGAGUUAUUACCAAAUGAAAAAAGAUUUGCUGGCACACCAAUAGGAGCAUUAAGAAUAGUGAUUUUGAAUAAAAAAGGAGAAGCCAUGCAAAAACUUCCGGGUACAAGCCACGGAGGUUCAAAGAAACUUCUUGUUGAACUCAAGGUUAUUUUACAUUCACCUACUGGGAAUAAAGAAAUAAUUUCCCAUAUCAGUCAGCAUGGAGGCAAAUGGCCAUACUGGUUUAAAAAAAUGGAAAAUCUUCAGAAACUUGGGAACUACACCUUGAAACUGCAAGUAGUAUUGAAUGAAAGUAAUGCAGAUACUUAUGCAGGAAGGCCUCUACCAUCUAAAAUAUUUAAAUUUACUAUUGUAG